CAUUUCUCUUCAUCGAACUCGUUCGUUCUUUCGAGAGAAUUAAUCGGCUGGGUUCCGUACAAGAAAAUUUUUUCUUCCUCAGCACCUACGGCAUACAUACAUUUACUCGUUACCUUACAAUUCGAGAAAUCAUUCCACAUAACUUUUUAACUACCUCACUACCGCGAAUAUGGCUGAUCAGCUUAACAUGGGCGGCUUGAGCUUGGGCGACCAGCAACAGUCGGCACCCCGUUCUUACAUCCCUCCUCACAUGCGAGGCAAGGUUGGUGCUGCUAACCCUCCUCCCCCUAUGGGCGCCGGUGGUCCUCCUCCGAACAUGAAUGGCCUCAAUAGCAGCGCCUGGGCUGGGAACAACAACUUUGACGCUCGACCUGCCGGCGCAGGAUGGGGUGCUCCUGACUACCCCCCUCCUCCUCAACAACAACAACAACGCUCAGGCCCCGGAGGUUGGAAUAACAAUCGACAGUUCGAUCGCAACGCGUACGGCAACCCUGCUGCUGGCGGUGGUAACAACAGCGGCGGCGGCGGCGGUUAUGCUAGAGGCUCCGGCGACGGCCAGUGGCGCGAUGGCAAACACAUUCCCGGCCCUCCCAACCCUCGUAUGGAGCGUGAACUUUUCGGCACUCCCGACGAUCCUUCCAAGCAACACACAGGCAUCAACUUCGAGAAGUACGACGACAUCCCCGUCGAAGCUUCUGGACACGACGUUCCCGAGCCUGUCCUCACAUUCAGCAACCCUCCCUUAGAUGACCACCUAAUUCGCAACAUCGAGUUGGCCCACUACAAAGUCCCGACUCCCGUUCAAAAGUACUCGAUCCCCAUUGUCAUGGGUGGACGAGAUCUUAUGGCUUGUGCCCAGACUGGUUCCGGAAAGACUGGUGGUUUCCUCUUUCCCAUCCUGUCCCAAGCCUUCCUUACUGGCCCGUCCCCGGUUCCCGUCGGCCAACAGGGCGGUGGUUAUGGCCGCCAACGUAAGGCUUAUCCCACUUCUCUAAUUCUAGCCCCAACUCGUGAAUUGGUCUCCCAGAUUUACGACGAGGCACGCAAGUUUGCCUACCGAUCCUGGGUUCGACCCUGCGUGGUCUACGGUGGCGCUGAUAUAGGUUCCCAGCUCCGCCAAAUUGAGCGAGGCUGCGACUUGCUUGUUGCUACCCCUGGACGUCUUGUUGAUCUCAUAGAGCGAGGACGCAUUUCUCUCCAGAACAUCAAAUACCUGGUCCUUGAUGAGGCCGACCGUAUGCUGGAUAUGGGUUUCGAGCCUCAAAUUCGCCGUAUUGUGGAAGGUGAAGAUAUGCCUGGUGUUCAGAACCGUCAGACGCUCAUGUUUUCUGCUACUUUCCCCCGAGAUAUUCAGAUGCUUGCCCGUGACUUCUUGAAGGAUUAUGUCUUUCUUUCAGUUGGUCGGGUUGGUUCCACCUCCGAAAAUAUUACCCAAAAGGUCGAGUACGUCGAGGACACCGACAAACGCUCUGUCCUUCUGGAUAUUUUACACACUCAUGGCGGUGGUCUUACUUUGAUUUUCGUUGAGACGAAGCGCAUGGCGGAUUCGUUGUCUGAUUUCUUGAUCAAUCAGAAUUUCCCGGCCACGUCCAUCCACGGUGACCGCACGCAACGUGAACGAGAACGAGCAUUGGAAAUGUUCCGAAAUGGACGUUGCCCCAUCUUAGUCGCAACUGCUGUUGCCGCUCGUGGUUUGGAUAUUCCCAACGUCACGCACGUUGUUAACUACGAUCUUCCUACUGACAUAGAUGACUAUGUCCACCGUAUUGGUCGUACCGGUCGUGCAGGAAACACGGGUCACUCUACAGCAUUCUUCAACCGAGGUAACCGUGGCGUCGUAAGAGACCUCAUUGAACUCUUGAAGGAAGCUAAUCAAGAGGUACCGAGCUUUCUUGAGACUAUUGCCCGCGAGAGUUCCUAUGGAGGCGGACGAGGUGGACGUGGUGGCGGUCGCGGCCGUGGUCAGAAUGCCAACCGUGAUUUCCGAAAGUACGGCGGAGGCGGAGGCGGUACUGGCUUUGGCGGUGGUUCCGGAGGUGGUUUCGGAGGUCCUCAGCAAUCUGGCGGUUAUGGUGGCGGUGGUGGAGGUGGUGGCUUCAACGGUCCUCCCCCUAACCAAGGCUACGGCGGUGGCUAUGGAGGCGGCGCUCCAUAUGGAGGUGGAAGCUACGGUAACCCUGGUGGUCCGGGUGGCCAGGCCUCGUGGUGGUGAUCUCCAAUAUCAUCAGAAACGCCUCGAUCUUCCCUUCUCAUUCGCAACCCGCAUGCAUGGAUAGGGAAAGGCAUCUACGAUGCGGCACAUAGAUUUCGCG